GCCUGUUCGAAGUUCUCUUUUUCGAGGAACAACCGGCAAAGUAAAAUGAAACGAAAAAGAGGCGCUGUCGUUCUGUGUCUUUUGCAUCUCACUCGCUUCUUUCUUUUCGUCCUCUUCAUCAGCUUCCUCACACUAAACUCGAUCUCUCUUAAAUUGACCUUUCCGAAACUCUCAGAUCAGGCUGGCUAUAUUGGACUUUUGGACUUCACUAAUAAAUGCAAAACUCUUGCUGUAACAUAGACACAAUGAUGCAAUGGUCGAAAAUAAACACUGCUGCAUGAUCUGCAAUGCACUUGCCUCCUAAUUUUUGUUUGUCAUCUUACAUGAUCUAAUUAGAUAAAUAAGCCACAACAGUUGAUUCACUGACAAAGCUCUCCUUUCGUGCUUGAUGUAAUCAUGUCUGUCUUACUAAAAAAUGAGUCUAUCCAAAUUAGAGAAGUAUGGAGUGAUAAUCUUGAAAAAGAGUUUGCUCUCAUCCGUGAAGUUGUUGAUGAUUAUCCCUUUAUUGCCAUGGACACUGAAUUUCCCGGGGUGGUUCUUCGGCCUGUUGGCAACUUCAAGAAUCUUAGCGAGUAUAACUAUCAGACGUUGAAGGAUAAUGUUGAUAUGUUGAAGUUGAUUCAAUUAGGUCUCACAUUUUCAGAUGAUAAUGGUAACUUGCCUACAUGUGGAACAGACCAGUAUUGCAUUUGGCAGUUUAACUUUCGCGAGUUCGACGUGAGUAAGGAUAUCUUUGCAAAUGACUCUAUUGACCUGUUGAGCCAAUCUGGCAUUGAUUUGAAGAAGAACAAUGAAAUGGGGAUUGAUGCAAGUCGGUUUGGUGAACUGCUAAUGUCAUCUGGUAUUGUCUUGAAUGACAAUGUGCAGUGGGUGACAUUCCAUAGUGGUUAUGACUUUGGUUACCUGCUAAAACUAUUAACCUGCAAGAAUUUGCCCGAUACACAAGCUGGUUUUUUUGACUUACUGAAUGUGUACUUUCCAAUGGUUUAUGACAUUAAGCACUUGAUGAAGUUCUGCAAUAGCCUCCACGGCGGGCUGAACAAACUUGCAGAGCUCUUGGAAGUUGAGAGAAUUGGUAUCUGCCAUCAAGCCGGUUCAGAUAGCCUGCUCACCUCUUCCGCAUUCAAAAAGUUAAAAGAAAACUUCUUUAGUGGCUCGACAGAGAAGUAUGCUGGUGUUCUGUAUGGUCUCGGUGUCGAAAAUGGUUCUGACAAUAAAUAGAUUCAAGGUAUUGUAGUGUACUUGUGAAGAAAAUAAAAAAGGUAGAAGAGUUCUUGUAUGUUGAGUUGUUUAAAACAUGUAUCAUGUGUCUGUAUCACCAAAAUUAGUUGUGAUCAAAAUUUAUGUAAUGACAUUUUGGAUUUCACUAAAGAGCAAGCUUCUAAUUUCAUUUCUAAAUUUUCGAUUCAGC